CAAUAACCAAGACCCCAUUUUUCUUUCACAACCAUUGCUUAAGUCUUUUUUUCUCUUUCCAAUUCUAUCUCCCUCACCCCCCUUGGAGGGCUGGAGAUGGAAAAGAAACCUAGAGGACCCCCAACCAACUUAUCAUUGUCCUCGUCAUCGUCACUGCUUUCGUUUUCAUUGUCAUCCUCACCCCUCUCAUCGCCGCCUAUGGCGAUCCUCCUGGUUCUUUUCUUCUUCGUGGCCGCCAUCCCCAGUGUCCCACCAGUCCUGGCUGCCCCCGCCUCCUCCACCGCGGUUUCUUUUACACCGCAAGACAAUUUUCUCAUUGACUCUGGCUCUGUCGCCAACACAACUCACUCCGAUGGACGAGUCUUCAUCUCUGACCAAACCUUUGGCAAGUACUACUCUUCGCAAGGCCGCGACGUGCUCAUCACUGUUCCCUCUGCUGACGUGCCUUCUCGGAUUUAUCUCUCUGCUAGAGUCUUCAUCCAGGAAGCUGUGUACACCUUUCACAUGGCUCGGCCAGGAUGGCAUUGGAUUCGGCUUCAUUUCUUUGCUUUUAACAACACAGAGUUUAUCCUCGAAAAUGCCAAGUUUUCGGUGAUGACAGACAGUUUAGUUCUCCUCCACGAGUUCACCAUCGACGCCAGCGCAACAAACACGACGAAGUGGUUCUUCAAAGAGUACCUUGUUAAUGUGACGGCCGAGCGGUUGUCAUUGAAGUUUGUUCCGGUGAAGGGAGCUCCAGCGUUUGUCAACGCCAUCGAGGUGGUCUCAGCCCCGGACAUCCUCGUCACCGACAUAGGUUCGACCCUUUUCCCCGUUGCGCAGUACAACGGUUUGGUAACUCAGUCUUAUCAAACCGUGUACAGGCUCAACGUGGGAGGCCCACAGUUGACCUCCCGAAACGACACGCUUGGGAGGACCUGGACCUCCGAUGGACAAUACUUACAACCUAAAGUGUCAGGGAACAACGUGUCUGUUGCUCCCAGUGUCAUCAAGUACCCAGAAGGCGGGUCCCCUCUGAUCGCGCCACAAUCGGUGUACGCGUCAGCGGUGGAGAUGGCGACUGCAAAUGUCGCGGACCCAAAUUUCAACGUGACAUGGAAUUUGGAGAUAGAUUUGUCGUACCAGUACUUGAUUCGCCUUCAUUUCUGCGAUAUAAUUAGCAAGACUCUUGAUGAUCUCUAUUUCAAUGUGUAUAUCAAUGGGAAAAUGGCCAUUUCUGGGUUGGAUUUAUCGACCUUGACAGGUGGUUUAGCGACAGCUUACUACAAAGAUUUCGUUGUAAACUCAACCAUGAUUUCUACUCCACUUAGCAUACAAAUUGGACCUAUGAACCAAGGAACCGGGGCAAAAAACGCCAUUAUCAAUGGCCUCGAGGUCUUAAAAAUGAACAAUUCGGUUGGUAGUUUGGACGGUGAGUAUGGUGUCGAUGGGAGGUCGCUUGGCGGUGUUAACAAGGGAACGGUGGCAGCGGUUGGGUUUGCGAUGAUGUUCGGGGCUUUUGUGGGUUUGGGUGCAAUGGCUUUUAAAUGGCAAAAGCGGCCGCAGGAUUGGCAAAAGAGGAAUAGCUUCUCUUCAUGGUUGCUUCCACUUCAUGCCGGUGACACGAGCUUUAUGUCGAGCAAGAACUCAUUAGGUUCUCGCAAAAGCCAAUUUUUCUCAUCGACAACAGGACUAGGCAGGUAUUUUUCUUUCGCGGAGCUGAGCGAGGCCACGAAGAAUUGGGAUGCGAAUGCGGUGAUUGGUGUAGGUGGGUUUGGCAAUGUAUAUAUUGGAGAGAUUGAUGAUGGCGCUACUAAAGUGGCAGUCAAACGAGGCAACCCACAAUCCGAGCAAGGUAUCAAUGAGUUUCAGACAGAGAUUCAAAUACUAUCAAAGCUCAGGCAUCGACAUUUGGUGUCAUUAAUUGGGUAUUGUGAUGAAAACACCGAAAUGAUAUUGGUUUACGAGUUCAUGUCGAAUGGACCGCUUAGAGACCAUUUGUAUGGCAAGGACUUGCCUUCCUUGACAUGGAAGCAAAGGUUGGAAAUUUGCAUUGGGGCGGCACGAGGGCUUCAUUAUCUCCACACAGGCGCGGCACAAGGCAUUAUCCACCGCGAUGUUAAGACUACCAAUAUCUUGCUCGACGACAACUUCAUUGCCAAGAUGGCUGACUUUGGUCUGUCAAAAGACGCACCUACUGGCUCAGAACAACACGUGAGUACCGCGGUGAAGGGAAGUUUCGGGUAUCUUGACCCUGAAUACUUCAGAAAGCAACAGUUGACAGACAAGUCAGAUGUGUACUCAUUUGGUGUCGUAUUGUUUGAAGUGUUGUGUGCACGACCCGCCCUCAACCCGGCAUUGCCAAGAGAACAAGUGAACUUGGCAGAAUGGGGGAUGCAAUGGAAACGGAAAGGCUUGCUUGAAAAAAUCAUCGAUCCCCACCUUAUCGGAAACAUUAACCUUGAAUCGAUGAAGAAGUUUGCUGAGGCUGCAGAGAAGUGUUUGGCUGAUUAUGGGGUCGAUAGGCCUACGAUGGGUGACGUGCUGUGGAACUUAGAGUAUGCUUUGCAGCUACAAGAGGCUUCAUCUCAAGGCAAGGCCGAGGACGAGAACAAAGCAUUGGCUGCCACAGCUGCCCCUGCCCCUGCCCCUAUUUCUACCCCCGAUAACCAUCCCAAUGCUUUGCCUGAACAAAGUAGAACCCCGAAAGAAGUCCAAGCCGUCGACGAGCACUCAGGAACCGCCAUGUUUGCCCAAUUUGCAGCCCUCAAUGGUAGAUAAAAUUACUUAAAUUUUCUUAAUUUGGUUCGGGGAGGGGGUCAAAUAUUGCGUGUAGCCAUGGUGGCUUCGCUGUUUCUUCUUCUUGAAUGAAUGAGAUGUAGAUAUGUAUUUGAAAGCCUCACAAAUUAAUGAUGUAUUGUGUU